CGUCACACGCAAGCAGUAAAAAAAAAACACGUGAGCCCUUUAUGAAAGUGAUAUCACCGGGACAAGAGCGUCGAUUACUUUGUUUAACAUAAGCAUUUUAUUCACUUCAACGAGACAAGGGUCUUCAAAGGCAACUCAGAAAAGGAGUGCACAGUUGAUAAGCUCUGACUCUGUCUCUUUGGAAGUCAGACAUGUUUGGUUCAGUGGUGGUUGGCAUUGGGACGGCAGGCUUUGUGAGGAUCAGGGACAUGCUAGCCCCUCUGCCCUCCAGCGCAGCUGAGAAGCUCAGUGUCAAAGGCUUCAUAUCCAGGAGGAUUCUGGAGGAGCAACAGGGAGUGAAACAAAUCACUGUUGAAGAUGCCCUGAGCCGGGACGACAUAAAGGUGGCUUUCGUGUGCACCGAAAACGCUGCCCAUGAGGAAAACAUCAGGAUGUUUCUGGAAGCAGGGAAGCAUGUCUGUGUGGAAUAUCCAAUGGCCAUGACACACAAGACUGCUGUGGACCUCUGGGACCUGGCUCAGGAAAAAGGAGUGGUCCUGCAUGAGGAGCACAUAGAACUCMUGACAGCCGACUUCAAGCAGCUGAAGAAGGACGUAGCAGGGAAAAGGCUGGAGGAGGGAUUCCUUCACUUCACAGGAGGUCCUCUGAAGACGGGCUUUGGUUUUCCAGCUUUCAGUGGCAUCGCCCGGCUCACCUGGCUGGUCGAUCUGUUUGGAGAGCUGUCUGUCACCGCUGCCAGCAUGGAGGAAGACCAGGAGAACAAGUACAUGAAGAUGACCGCUCAACUCAUAACCAAAGAGCAGAAGCCUCUCACGUGGAUUGAGGAGUGGGCUCCCGGGCUGCCUAGGGCCAAAGACAUCAACUUCCGCUUUGACUCAUGCACCAUCACCCAGCUUCCCCCAGCCACCAGGGAGCCGGUGGGUAUCUUUAUGCAGGACUUGGUGCUCUUCAGUCAGAAGCUGCUGGGCCAGGUGCCCCGUGACCAGCUCCAUGCAGAGCGCUGCAGGGUCCUCCACUGUCUAGAGCUGGCCGACCGCAUCCAGCAGCUGAGCCUGCAGGGCUCAGCCCAGGACACCUAGAAACCAGCAGCCUACCCAGGGACCCCAGCAGCCUACCGAGGGUUGUGAAAUUACAGUAACUUUCCCAAAAUUCCMAGGUUUUCCAGAAUUUUGCAACGCUUAACCUAYUGGUGGAUGUCCAAGCGCACAAGAUCCAUCCAUAAGCCUUCUACAGUAAAGCUACUGUAACAUGCUGUACUGUAGACAUACGCUCGGCGCAUCUUUGAAAUGUUAAGGUAUUUUAUGUGUUUCCGAAACAAAUUGGUUUCAGAGGCUGCAUUUACACAGCAGCCCAAUUMUGAUAUUUUUUCCACUAAUUGGUCUUUUGAUCUUGCCUGACGACUCAAACUGAAUUCUUCCACUGCUCUAUGUUUGCUAUAUACUUCAGUCUGAGACUGCCGUCAUUGAAGUCGUUUGUGGUGACGUCAAAAUGAGGGGUGUUGUACAAAACAAAGUAAUAAGCGGAUCAUCUCUAGCCAAUGACACAUUUUCAAAAUGCCAUUUUACCCACGUGUUUUCUCGCUGGGGAGGYACUCCGAUCCUGACUCAUUGCGGAAAAGAAGCUAACAUCCGUGGGUGUGGCAUACUGUAGAAUUUGACCUGAGCAAGAAGUUUGGUCAAACAUUUCCUGGCUACCCAAUCACAUUAGAUAUUUUCACAUCAAUCUUUUUCAGAAUUAGACUUUUUUUGUUGUUGUAUUUUUCACCCCUUAUUUCUCCCCAAUUUCGUGGUAUCCAAUUGGUAGUAGUUACAGUCUUGUCUCAUCGCUGCAACUCCCRUACGGACUCGGGAGGGGCGAAGGUCCUCCGAAACACGACCCAACCAAGCCGCACUGCUUCUUGAUACAAUGCCAUCCAACCCGGAAGCCAGCCGCACC